ACAAAACUGCAUUCGUUUAUUGUUAAAUUGUUAAGUCAACUGCAGACAGUUAUGAAAAAAAAAUCAUUAUUACAUUAUUUAUUGUACAGUAUUGCAGCCGAUUAAAUAUUAAUUCAUCUUUCAAACCAAGGGCAAAAUGUAUUAAAAUUAAUUAAUAUAAAAUAGGCAAUACAAGUGAGUUUUCAGUUAACGAGUAGAUUUCAUUACAGAUUUUACAUUAAACCUUUAGGUACCUAUUAGAUAGGUAUCUCUGAAAUUAAAUUAUAGGUAUAUCGGUCAAUCUUAUUUUGAACAUUUGAUCAAAACAUUGUUUGUAGGUAUGUGUAUAGAUAGUAUAUAAAAAUGCAUGUGCAUGACAUUUGAGAAUAAUUCUAUGUCCAAGUCGUAUGAGUAAGUAGUGAAGUACCUAUUAUCUAUUUUCAUCGGAUUGUUGUUCACUUGCAGUUUAUUUCAGAAUAAUAUUUUAAUACUUCAAUACAAUUUUUAUGGUGUGAAAGUCCUUUUUAAAUUUGAACUAGUUCAUGUUCGUACAGUUUAAAUAAAAAUAACCCAUUUAUAUAACUUAGGGUGGUUCUUAUUUGGUGAUAGAGAAAUUUUCAAUUCAAUUUGAUUAUUUUCACCUAAAUUUAUUGUAAAAUAUUUAAAUAAAUAUUGAACCCUAUUUAAGCUUCAUAAGACAAUUUUUAAGUUUCCCUGUAAAUUUCCCAUUUAAAUUACAUGUGUUUUUCCAUUUGUUUAUAAAAGGUGCUUUUAUGGAAAUAUUUCUUUUGUACAAAAAUGGUCGAUGUUAAGGUAUAUUUUAAGAGAAAAAAAAAUAAUUAAAAUAUAUUGUGUAAUCUAUAUCACUUUUAGUGAUAGUUACCAAUUUUUUUUUAAUUUCCUAACAUAAAUAUCAACAAUACCUAUAUCCGAAAAUUUUUAGCAUACCAUAUCUUUUAAAACCAUAUGAAAAUUGAUUAUGGAUCACUCUGUAUUAACUAAUAAGGAUUUCAUUAACAAAUAUAUUAAUGCAUUUGUCGUACCAUAUAACUUCAAUGCACAUGAAUUAUUUUGGGAAUACUUCGAUUGAUUUUAUUAUUUGAAUCAGAGUGACCCAUAUUUGUGGUCAAAUAUGAAUUAUAAAAAUGCAACACUCUAAAAAUCAUCAAUUGUCUAGAUACAUUGACGAUAUUUUUGGAAACUAAGAAAAUAUGAAUAUUUAUCAGUAAGAAAGUGACACGCAAUGCCCGAUAUAUAUUAAUUAUUUUCCCCCUUAAAGCCUAUCUUUAAAGACAUCGGUCAUUUCCAUACAAAAAAAAAUGAACGUCUUUUUGUCAAAAAAUAAACCAACAAUUUUCAAGUUCAUAAAAAAUAAGAGCUUAGUUCAUGCACAAGUUUAUUAAUAGAAAAUCGCAAACAGCAUGAAUGCGUUAUAUCCCAUCACUGCAUUAUUUUGUUAUUUUGAGUACUCAUUAUUUUCUAGUUUUUUAUAUUGAUUUCUGAUACUUUUAUUAGGCAUCAAAUUAUUAUUAUUAUAUAUAUUUCAUUAAGUAGGUUAUUUUUUUUUUCAUAACAAUCAUUGUUUAAUUAAAAUUAGUGGUCAUCAUGACUCUUACACUAUUAUUUUUUUCAUUUCUUAAAAAAGUAUUUUAAAAUUUUAGGUUUAUUAUUAAUGAUAUUAUUUAAACAAUUUCUUGGCAUAAAAAAAUGGCACAGUUAAUUUAUGUAAGUAUUAUAUUAAUAUGAUAUUUGUACAAAUAGUUCACUGUCCAUACCAAUUUAAAUAGUUAUAAUUAAUUUUUAUUUAAUUUAGCUUAUUGUUAUUAUUAUGAAUAUAUAGGUACCUACAUAAUACUAUUAUUGUUUAAUUGAUUAUUUUAUGUUUAGAUUCAAUAUGCUGUGCUCAUCAGCACGUUUGCGGCAAAACUGCUAUUUGAUUAUUGGUGUGACAAUCGGUCUACUUAUCAGUCUUAUUGUGGGUCCGUUACUAGAAACUGGUUGUCUGUUUUCUAUAUCGGUUCUUGAGAGUGAUUCAAGUUCAAAUAUUGUUAAUGAUGAAUAUGAACCUCAUAUUAAUUUGGCCGGCAAACCGCAGCGUGCUCAAAAAAUCCCACAAACUAUAUUACGUCCAAGAUAUUAUUCUACAGAACUUGGUAUUCGAGAGAAAUUAUUUGUUGGUAUUUUAGCCAACCAAGCGUCCGAUGAUGGUUUAGCAGUUGCUGUUAACAAGACUGUCACACAUUGGGUUGACAAGACUAUUUUUUUUGUUGAUGCUGCCAACGGACAUAAAUUAAAUGUUUCAUUGAUGAAAAUACCUGGCAUAGUUGGGUUCACAGACAGUAGAAGUGUAUUGAAACCAUUUCACAUGGUGAAAUAUAUCUCUGACAACUAUUUAGACGAAUAUGAGUUUUUUAUGUUAAUAAAAGAUAAUACUUAUUUAAAUGCAGACAAGUUGAUGGACCUAGUUAAACAAGUUAGUGUCAGUGAAGAUGUGUAUGCCAGUGGAACUGUAAUUGGUACCAAUUAUUGUUCAUUAGGUAGGUAAAAUUAGCAAUAUACAAAUGUAUUCAAUGAAUUAUAACUCUUAAUGAAUCUAAACUUUUUUAAGAUGCUGGAAUACUUUUAAGUAACUCUGUUAUCCGUAAAAUGAUCCCAAACAUUAAAUGGUGUGUGCGCAAUGCUUUUUCUUCUUCAGAUGAUGAUAAUUUUGGUCGAUGCGUUUUACAUUCAAUCAAUCUCCCAUGUCAAACAUCAAUUCAAGUAAGUGAUAAUAAAAUCUUACUUAUUGAAAAAAAAAAAAAGUAUGUAUAAAUUUAUAUAUUUGUAUUUAGGGUCGAUCUAUAAGUAGCUACCACCUGUGGGAAGCUAAGGAUCUGAUUAAUUUACUUGAUCAGCUACAGCAACAAGAAAGUUUUCAUCAAGCUUUGACUGUAUAUCCAAUGCCAAACGCAGAAACAAUGUAUAAAACCCAUUUAGCAUUCUGUAAAAUGAAUUUAGAAAAAUCCAACAUAGAAAUCAAAGAGUUACGGCGGUCUAUUGUAGAUGAAUCGGUUUUAGAACCACCAAAUUUUAGGAAGGUAACUUGGCCGGUUGGAAGUCAGCCUGGAAAUAUCCCAGCUACUCGUUAUGAUGUAUUGAAGUGGGAACAUUUCACAGAUACUCAUUUGUAUUUGGAUUCUAGAUUAAGCAAUAUAAGACCAUUGAAUGAAGCUGAAAGUAUUGACAUACAUGUAAGAACCUUUUGUAGUAGCUAAAUAUGAGUUGUUACAUACAGGGUUGUUAUUUUAAGGAAAUUGGCCAAAUAUGUAAAAAAAAAUCAACCACUUUUUUUAAAACAUAUUAUUUUUGACAAGUUUAUCACAGGUUUAGUUAAAAUAAAUUAAUAAUUAUUCAAAAAGUUUGAUUUUAAAUUUAUCUUUUAAUGUUAUCAUUAUUUUAAGAACUGUUAAAGUAAUAAGUUAACAACUUAAUUUGUUUGGAUUUUUUUCGUUCUUUAUUUUAUCCAGAUACCCCCGAACAAAUCGAUCAACCCUGGCUAUGCAAUUAUUCUAUAUAAAUAAACUUGAAUAAUAUAUUUAUUAUUAAAAUAUAUACUUUGUGUAGAAUGUUUUAAACACCAGCAUUGAAUAUUUGGAAUUAAAGUAUUCAAACAAUUUAAAAUUUGAUCAUUUGGUUAAUGGUUACAAGCGAUUUGACCCAUCUAGAGGACUAGACUAUAUAUUGGAUUUGACCUUCAAAGAUAUUAUUGGUGAUAAAUUUAUACAAAAAAGGUAUGGAAUGAAAAUAAUAUUUUAAUUUUAUAUCAAACUAUUCUUAAUAGUCCCAGUUAGGUCAUAUUUAAUAAAAUAAAUAUAUGUCUAUUCAAAUUUAACAAUGGCAGGAGUGGUAUCUGGACAGAUGAAUAUCAGAAGGAUUCCUGGUGGCCUAACUGAAAAUCAGUAUAUAUAGAAAAAAUUAGCUUUAAAAAAAAAAUAAAAAAAAUAAACAAUAGUCUAGAAUUAAUAUUGAUAAAAUUGCCUGAUAAUUUAUUAGAAUAAAUAUGAUGUAUAUGCAUAAUAUUAUGUGGGUAAUAGGGAUAUUUUUCUUCCCCAAAAAAUACAAUUUAUAAUAUAAUAUGCAUUAAUGGGCUUUUAGUGUGAAAUCUUUUCCAUUUUUUUAACAGGCAAUAUAGUAAAAUUAUGUUAAAGUAAAACAAAUGGAAAUACUUUUACAAUUGAAAUUAGAAAUAAAAUACUUAUUAUACAAUUUGUAGAUGACAAUAUUAUCUGGACAACCAAAUUGAUGUUUUAUAAUUCAAAAAAUAUUCAAUUCAAAGGUACAAAAAAUCUUAUUUUAUAUUUUUAGAUUCCCAGCGUAGCGAAUAUUGGUUUUAGUAAGUUUUUAUUUUCUGCUUUUAAACAACUUUUUUCCUUCCAUCUACAUCAUAGAUGGUCCCUGGUAGAGAAUUUUGUUUAGUUAGUUCAUUGAUGAUAUAAAUUUUUGAUUUUCCUUGCAGUUUUCUGAAUAUCGGAGAAGAAAGGAAAAGUUAACGUAAAAAUGAUUCUGUUAUUUUCAAUUUUUUUUUUUCGUUGAAUCAGUGAAAAAUAAUCAUAGAAAGCUGAUGAUUUUAAAGAAUAUUUAUAUUAUCUCUUUUGAGACAUGGUACAAUUUUCAAAAGAUGUUGGUAUUUUUUUAGUUAUUUGAAAUUUUGUUUUGGUUCUGUGGUUACAUUUUUUUUUGGCUUCUCAAAAAUGUUUGAAAAUUUAAUAUAUAAGGUUCAUCAAAAGUUGUUCUUAUGGUUAUUAAAAAAAUUUACAAAUUUAUAUACACAAUUUGUUUUUUAUAAUUUUCAUAAAAUUGUAAACAGCUAUCUAUUUAGGUAUUUAUUUCCAAUAAAAUAUUAUUGGCUUGAUAAAACUGUUCAACAAUUUUAGUCAAUUUGUAUUAGUUUUUUCCAACUCUUUUACCUAUGCACUUUAUCAUAAAUUUAACUAUGAAUCAUUUAUAUAAAUAAACCGACAUUAAUUUAUUAUUUUUAUUUAUUACUAGUACAAAUUAGUAGUAACUAAUAUCAAUUUACGAUACUCUUGUAUCAAAUUAUUGAAUAUUUUUGUUGAACAAAACAAGUGAUAUUCACAUAGAUACAAAAGUAGUAUUUAUAGUAAGUAAUAAGUAACCCAUGGUAGGUUAUUUAAAUAUUAUGUGUCAGUGUAUAAAACAAAUAAUUGUCAAAUUAAAAACUUCUGUGAGGUUAAUUAUUCUGUCCAGUCAAAAAAAACUUCCUGCCAGAAAAAUUACCUCAGUCAGCAUCUGUAGAAUAUAAAUAAAAAUAUAAAACGUAUAAAAGUUAAAAGACUACUUUUAUUUCAUUUAUUUGUAUUUAAAAUGUUGUUAAUUUGUUAUUAGAGUUGAAGUUAAUAAGUUGCUUGGUAAAGUUGAGAUGUUAUCUGUUCCUUAUGUAACUGAAAACACCCGUGUACAUAUCCUCUUACCUGUGCACACAAAUGAAAAAGAAGAUGUUUUUCACUUUCUUAAACAGUAUAAACAAAUUUGUAUUGAAAAAAAAGAAAAGACAAUGUUAAUGUUGGUAAGUGGGUUAUUAAAGUUAACAAUAUAACAGUUAAGUAACUUUAUAAUUAAUACUAAAUACAUAUUUUGUUUUAGAUUUUGUUAUAUGAUGCUAAUGCUCCUGGUAAAGGUGCAGUUGAUGAUGUGUUUAAACAGUUAAAGGACGAAGCGAUGUUGUUAACUAACGCACACAAAAAAGAUGGUACCAAAGUUGCAUGGUUGUCUGUAAGAAUACCAAAUACAAAAUUUUUAGCAUUAAGGGAUGCAUUAUUAGAUUUUGCAGUAAUAGAUUUAGCAAUAAGAAAGUUUCCUCCUGAUGCACUAAUGAUGUUAGCCAGACCAAAAAUGGAAAUUCGACAAGAUUAUUUGAAUAGAGUAAGUAUUGUAUAGUGUAUAGAUAUUAACUACUAAACUAUUUUAAAAUUUUGUUUUUAUUUUAUAAUAAGUGAUAGUUUUAAUAAAUAUUGUUCAAGUAUUCUUAAGCUCUAAUUAAAGUACUUAACAGAAAUAAAUGUUGUAUAAAAUCUUAAGUUAAAAUUAAAAUUAUUGUUAUAUUGUUUCAUCAAAUAAAUAUUAUAAUUAUUAUUAUUAUUUUUUAGGUGAGGAUGAAUACUAUAAUGGAAUGGCAGAUUUUUAGCGCUUUGCCAUUUUCUGAAUAUGAUCCUAAUCUCAUGACAUACCCAAGACAAGUUACUUUAGAUGUAAACAAACAUUAUGGUCAUUUUGAUCCAUUCGACUUUGAACAUUUAUCAUUUUAUGCAAAAGAUUAUGUUACCAGUGAGUAUAAUAUUUUAAUAAUUAAAGGCAGUUGAAUAUAAUACAUUAUCAUAUUAUGCAAUAAUUUUUAGGUAGAAAACGUGCAGAAUCAUUAAUUCCCAUUGUACGAGUUGACCGUGAUAUACAACAUUUGUUGUCAGAGUCCACUAGUAAAUCUUUGAAAAAAGCUAACAUGAUUAACCCAUCAGUAUAUUCCAUGUUUGUAGCAUAUAGUGAAUGUCAUAUAUUUAGAGCUGUAGAGUCUGGACUACGAUUGCGGCAUAAACAAAGACAUUGUGAAUUGUACGAAGGCAAUAUUGUGGACCAUAUGAGUGCUGCUUUAUAUGGUGACUGUGUGAGAUCCAGAAAUCGAAAUGCCGGUUCUAAAGGACAACUAGCAAGGCUGGUGUUGGAAUACCAGAAUCAAUUAAAAUGAUAAAAUAAAGCUCAGACCCCACUGAAAGCAAAUUUGCGUUUUUGCAAUAGGAAACGAUAUCCACGGUUUUGAUUGGGAGUAUUGUGAUUUUACUCGGGUAGGUUUAAUGGUACUAAUUUUUUAAUUUGAAUAUUAGUAGUCAACAAAUGAAUUGAAUUUUUCUUCCAAGAGUCCUGUCCUGGUUCACACUAAAGAGGAUUAAUUUAUAGAUCAUUAAAUUUAUGUGUUUACAAAGUGAUCACUAUAGACUUACUAACAGAAAGUUUCAUAUGCUAUUCUAACCAAAUAAAAUAUUCUGAAAAGAUUUUCGAGUGAACAGACUAUACAUUUUUUUAUAAUUUUGGAUAUUAUAUGGAGUAAAAUUGACAAAUAAGAUAAAAAAAAAUGUAUAAAUGCAAUAUCUGUAGUUAAAUUAAUAUAGUGAUUAAUCAUUCAAAUCACAACAUGUACUCUAUUGAACUUGUAACUAUAUUUUGAUGAAAUUGUGAAAUUAAUAUUGGCACCGUGGGAACGCAAAGCUUUCCGUGGGGCUGUACUUAAAGUAUGUAAAUUUACAUAAUUUGUUAGAAUCCUAAACAUUUUAUAAGACUAAAUAUUAAAUAUUAAGUAUUAAGUAUUAUAUUUUUAUAUACCAAAAAUGUCUUAUAUAUUUAUAUUUUUAUUGAUGAAAAUUAUACAAAUUUGUAUUACUUUAAAAUAUAAAGUUAAUUUCUAAAUAUUAUUAAUUGUAAUAGUUACCUUGUGUUUUGUAAUAUGAAUUAUUAGUAUUAUUGUGCUGUAUACUAGAUAGUAUAGGAGAAGCUAGUGUUGAGAGGAAAAGUAGUGGAAUGUUAUUUGUGUGGCAGUACAGAAUGUGGCGUUUGAAUAAUUUGAAUAAUGCUUAGCUACUAGCUACUCUACUUUACCCAAUCUUAUAAGUAAAAUAUCUUCUCAACGGGCUGAUGAAAAUCAAGAAUUUUAAUACCAUAAUUUAAACUAAUAUUUCGUCUAUUAAUGUAUUUUUAAUACAGAUUAUCUAUAGAAAAUCAAAAGUAGGUAGUCGGGUUACUUAAAUAAAAUAAUGGUAUUGUAAAAAAAAAAAAAUACAAAAAAAAAUCAACUUUUUUUAAUAUAUAUCAAUGAUCAUAUCUUUAUGAAUAUACUCUGACUCAAAAUUUGAAUACUGUACUUUUGAGUAAAUUUUAUUUUUUAGGUGCAGUGUGAAAUGGGUUUGUUUUGGAUUGAAUAACAGGUUUUUUUAAUUAUUUGUGUGUGUGUAACAAGAUUUCUACCAGAAAUAUUGACUUAAUCAUCAAGUGUAUCAUAUAUUUUAAAAAUUUUUUUAUCUACUUGGUGAGAUAAUUUUAAUAUUUGUAAAAUAAAAGAAAAACAUUUGAAGAUUUAUUACCUAUUGAUAGCCAUUCUAAGUUUUCAAGUUUUAUUAUUUUUGUUUUAUGCCGAUACAAUUUUGUUGGUCUGUCAAACAUUUGACACAAGUUCAACAUAAGUUGUACUGAGUGUUAAAAAUUAUAAAUUAUUAUAAAUUAAAGUAUAAUAUAGUUAGUUUUUUAUUUUUUAUGAGUACUUAAAGUUAAAAUUUCAAUAAAAAUUGUAAAAAUAACUGCAUUUUAAAAAAAAUGAAUAACCUAAC